CUGUGCCAGUCCCGGCAGACCACACACACAUACAUACAUACAUACACACACAGUAUGCUGACUGGCGAACAAAGCCACUGGUACUGCCAAUAAAGGCGAGCCAUGCCUCCGCGCUUCUCCUCUCCUCUCCUUUCCUUACGCUGCUGUGAGGGGAAGGCAUGACACCAUUGCCAUCGCCUCUCUGUUUCAGGAAGACACUGUUGUUGGGAGGAAGAGCGGCUGGUCUUUGGCUUAUGGUGGAAUAUUCUUGUCUCUUCUUCUGUUGAUGAGUUGAGAUGCUGGCGGAGCGCAGAGAGAAUAGCAGGGCUGCCUUUGCCCUGACAAAGCCGCUCAAGAUGAACAUGGUGAAAAGGAUCAUGGGGCGGCCGAGGCAGGAGGAGUGCAGCCCCCAGGACAACGCGCUGGGCCUCAUGCACCUGCGACGCCUCUUCUCCGAGCUGUGCCACCCUCCUCGCCACAUGACCCAGAAGGAGCAGGAGGAGAAGCUCUACAUGAUGCUUCCUGUAUUUAACAGGGUGUUUGGGAACGCACCUCCCAGCAGCAUGAUGGAGAAAUUCUCCGACCUGCUGCAGUUCACCACCCAGGUGUCCCGACUCAUGGUGACUGAGAUCAGACGAAGAGCCUCCAAUAAAUCCACAGAGGCAGCCAGUCGAGCCAUAGUCCAGUUCCUGGAGGUGAAUCAGAGUGAGGAGGCGAGUCGCGGCUGGAUGCUUCUGACCACCAUCAACCUGUUAGCUUCCUCCGGACAGAAAACUGUGGACUGCAUGACGACCAUGUCUGUGCCCUCCACGCUGGUCAAAUGCCUCUACUUGUUCUUUGACCUGCCCCACAUGGCCGAGGCACCCGUAGGCCCCACGUCACAACCACCACAACCACCACCACCACCACCCAGCCAAGAGAAGACCCCAGGGCAAGGGCACACCCAACCCGAGGUGCCCCUGGCUGACCGUAGGGCGCUCCUCCAGAAAGUCUUUGUCCAGAUCCUGGUGAAGCUCUGCACAUUCGUGUCUCCAGCGGAGGAGCUGGCCCAAAAGGAUGACCUGCAAUUACUGUUUAGCGCCAUCACCUCCUGGUGUCCUCCUCACAACCUGCCCUGGAGGAGGAGUGCUGGGGAGGUGCUCACCACCAUCUCCCGACACGGCCUCAGCGUCAACGUGGUCAAAUACAUCCACGAGAAGGAAUGCUUGGCCACAUGUGUUCAAAACAUGCAGCAGUCAGACGAUCUCUCCCCUCUGGAGAUCGUUGAGAUGUUUGCUGGCCUCUCCUGCUUCCUCAAAGACUCCAGCGACGUGUCGCAGACCCUGCUGGACGAUUUCCGAAUGUGCCAGGGUUACGCCUUCCUCUGUGACCUCAUGCUCAGACUGGAACAGGCCAAGGAGGAUGAAUCAAAAGAUGCUUUGAAGGACCUGGUCAACCUGGUCACCUGUCUGUCCACCUAUGGCGUGACGGAGUUGAAGCCUGCUGGCUUGACAACCGGCGCCCCCUUCCUGUUGCCUGGAUUUGUUCUCCCGCAACCUUCUGGGAAAGGCCAUACAGUGCGUAAUAUUCAGGCCUUUGCGGUGCUCCAGAACGCCUUCCUACGGGCCAAAACAAGCCGCCUGGCGUGCAUGCUCCUGGACGCCAUCGGAAACAUCUACGCAGCCGAACCGGCCAACUAUUUCAUCCUAGAGUCGCAGCACACGCUCUCUCAGUUUGCAGAGCGUGUGGCCAAGCUCCCCGAGGCUCAGACAAAGUACUUUGAGCUGCUGGAAUUUGUAGUCUUCAGCCUCAACUAUGUGCCGUGUAAGGAACUCUUCAGCGUUAGCGUGCUGCUCAAAUCGAGCACUUCGCACGCCUGCAGCAUCACCGCCGUGCGGACGCUGCUGAAGCUGGCCAGGCACGACCCGGUGUUCAGCGACGUGCUGCGGGAGGUCGGACUGCUGGAGGUGCUGGUCAACCUACUGCACAAGUACGCGGCAUUGCUCAAAGAACCGGCCUCACAACAGCAACCACACAAUAAUGACCAAGCUGACUGCAAAAACAACACUGUGGCUGAGGAGCAGAAGCAGUUGGCCUGGCUGGUGAUGGAGACGCUGACUGUGCUCCUGCAGGGCUCCAACACCACCAGCACUAACGCAGCUCUGUUCAGAGAGUUCGGUGGCGCGCGUUGCGUUCACAACAUCGUGAAGUACCGCCAGUGUCGCGAACACGCCUUGCUCAUCAUUCAGCAGCUUGUCCUGUCGCCCAGCGGUGAUGACGACAUGGGAACGUUGCUGGGCCUCAUGCACUCUGCACCGCCCAGUGAGCUGCAACUGAAGACAGACAUACUGAGGGCUUUGUUGUCCGUGCUGCGAGAGAGUCACCGCACUCGGACGGUGUUCCGCAAGGUGGGCGGCUUCGUCUACGUCACUUCGCUUCUGGUGGCCAUGGAGCGCUCGCUGUGUCAGCCGCUGCGACACGGCUGGGAGCGCGUGAACCAGAACCAGGUUUUCGAGCUCCUGCACACAGUCUUCUGCACGCUCACCGCCGCCAUGCGCUACGAGCCGGCCAACUCCCACUUCUUCCGUACGGAGAUCCAGUACGAGAAGCUGGCUGACGCGGUCAGGCUGCUGGGCUGUUUCUCAGACACUAAGAAGCUGGGGCCCACAAGUGUGUUCCCCUCCAACGCUCAGCCUUUCCAGAGGCUCCUGGAGGACGAGGCCGUCCCUGGAGGCUGUGCAGGAGACAGCGUCUGCCCUACGCUCAAGCACUGCAGCAAGCUCUUCAUCUAUCUGUACAAGAUGGCCACAGAUUCUUUUGACAGUCGUGCGGAGCAGGUGCCUCCCUGCCUGACUCAUGAGACCUCACUGCCCUCCCCGUGGGGCACGCCAGCACUCGCCAGGAAGAGACACGGUUACUACGGUACGUCGGGCCCCCCUGCACCAGUGAAGGCACUGACUGACCUGAAGCUCCACUUAACGAACUCCUCCCACCCCAUUUCCUCAUUGUCCUCAACAGACAUGGUGGUCAUCCACCCAGGGGCCGUGCUGGCCAUGGUGGACCUGCUGCCCUCCGUCUCCUCUGACAGCCAGCCAGAGCAUGCCCUCGACCUGCAGCUGGCAGUCGCCAACAUCCUGCAGCUCCUGGUGAACAACGAGAGGAACCAGCAGGUGUUGUGUGAAGCCUGCCUCCAUCAGCGACUGUUGCAGCGCUGCAGCCAGGCCCUCAGCGAUGAAGACCACCCUCUGCACCCGCCGCUGCAGAGGAUGUUCGAGAGGCUGGCCUCGCAGGCCCUGCAGCCGAUAGCACUCAGGGAGUUCUUACGGCUUGGAAACCCGUUGAACUGUGGCGCCUGGGACAAGAAGCUGUUGAAGAAUUACCGAGUCCACAAACCGAGCUCUCUCAGCUACGACGCCGAGAUGAGAAACAGCAUGACCACGUCCAUGGAGGGCUUCGGCCCCGACAGCGUCUUCACCACGCCGGCAGAGGACAAUGGCCAGUAUCGCAUCAGCCGCAGCCUCGUGCGCUCCGCUGAGGGCAGCACCGUACCCCUCACCCGAGUCAAGUGCCUGGUGUCGAUGACAACCCCCCAUGACAUUCGCCUGCACGGAUCAGCUGUCACACCUGCAUUUGUGGAGUUUGACAGCUCGCUGGAGGGCUUUGGGUGCCUGUUUCUGCCCAGCCUGGCGCCUCACAAUGCUCCCACCAACAACACCAAUGCUUCAGGUGUCAGCGAUGGAGCAGUGCUGAGCGGGAUGGGCACAGGUGAGCGCCUGUUUCCUCCCCCAUCAGGCCUGAGUUACUCCACUUGGUUCUGUGUGGAGAGGUUCAGCACAUCCCCUCAGGCCCACCCAGUGCGGCUGCUGACCAUCGUCCGUCGGGCCAACUCCUCGGAGCAGCACUAUGUGUGCCUGGCUGUGGUGCUGUCAGCCAAAGACCGCUCGCUCACCGUCUCCACCAAGGAGGAGCUGCUGCAGACAUACUCAGCGGAUGAGUCUAGCGAAGAAGCCUCCUUCUAUGAGAUCCUUCCCUGCUGCGCUCGAUUCCGCUGUGGCGAGCUGAUCGCUGAGGGCCAGUGGCACCACCUGGUGCUGGUCAUGAGCAAAGGCAUGCUGAAGAAUAGCAUGGCCACGCUGUACAUCGACAGCCAGCUCAUCAGCACUGUCAAGCUUCACUACAUCCACAGUGCUCCGGGCGGCUCCAGCUCCACCAACCCUCCUGUCGUCAGUACUGUUUAUGGGUACAUAGGGACGCCCCCUGCCCAGCGCCAGCUCUCCAGCCUGGUGUGGCGUCUUGGGCCUACCCACUUCCUGGAGGAGUUCCUACCUGCCGCCAGUGUCGCUGCCAUUUAUGAGCUUGGACCCAACUACGUGGGCAGCUUUCAGGCCGUCUACCUCCCCUGUAAGGACUCAAAGGCAGAGGUAGCGCCGGCCUCUCCGGUGGUGCUGGUGCCAGAGGAGAAGGUGUCUUUCAGUCUGUAUGCGCUCUCUGUGUUGACUCUCACUGUGGCCAAAAUCAGGAAAAGCUACAACAAACUGGACAGCAAAGCCAUCGCCAAACAGCUCGCCGUGUCCUCUCAUGAAAACGCCACUCCAGUAAAACUGAUUCACAAUGCCGCCGGUCACCUUAAUGGUCCCGCACGCACCAUCGGAGCUGCUGUGAUUGGAUAUUUAGGUGUUCGUGCAUUCAUGCCCAAACCUGUGGCCACCAACCUGCAGUAUGUGGGAGGGGCAGCGGCCAUUUUGGGUCUGGUUGCCAUGGCGUCAGAUGUGGAGGGACUGUAUGCGGCUGUCAAGGCUUUAGUGUGUGUUGUGAAAAGCAACCCACUGGCCAGUAAGGAGAUGGAGCGCAUCAAAGGUUACCAGUUGCUGGCUAUGCUCCUAAAGAAGAAGCGCUCGCUGCUAAACAGUCACAUCCUCCACCUCACCUUCUCUCUGGUGGGAACAGUUGACAGCGGCCACGAAACCUCCAUCAUCCCCAACUCCACGGCCUUCCAGGACCUGCUGUGUGACUUUGAGGUUUGGCUGCACGCUCCCUACGAGCUCCAUCUGUCUCUGUUCGAGCACUUCAUUGAACUGCUGACAGAAUCCAGUGAGGCGGCUAAAAAUGCUAAACUCCUGAGAGAGUUUCAGCUCAUCCCACGACUGCUGCUCACCCUGAGAGACACCACGCUGUCCCAGCCCACUGUCGCCGCCAUCAGCAACGUGCUCAGUCUGCUGCUGCAAGGCUUCCCCAACCCAUACGACCUGCUGCGGUUCGGCCAGUUCAUCUCCUCCACUCUUCCCACAUUUGCGGUGUGUGAGAAGUUUGUUGUCAUGGAAAUCAAUAAUGAGGAGAAGAUAGACGGAGGAAAUGAUGAUGACUUUGGUGGCCUCCUAUCAGCAAACCUCAUUCUGCUGAGAAAUCGACUGCUGGAGAGCCUUCUUAAACUGCUUUUCACCACGAAAGAGAAGUGCACAGUUAAUGCCCAGGCGUGUGAGGAGCUGGUGCGAACGCUGGGCUUUGAUUGGCUCCUGAUGUUCAUGGAAGAACACCUCCACUCCACCACAGUGACGGCAGCUCUGUGGAUCCUGGUGGUGCUGCUGUCCAAUCAGUCGAUCCUCAACCGCUUCAAAGAGGGCCUGUGCGGAGGAGGCUGGCUGGACCACACCGACUCCGUCCUGACCAAUAAGAUCGGCACAGUGCUGGGAUUCAACGUGGGUCGCAGUGCCGGCGGGCGCUCCACAUUGCGGGAGAUCAACCGGGACGCUUGCCAUUUCCCAGGAUUCCCUGUUCUGCAGACACUGCUGCCCAAACACACCAACGUGCCCGAGCUCUACUUCCUGCUCAUGGCUCUCUUCCUGCAGCAGCCUGUCAUCGAGCUCCCAGACAGCCUGCAGGUACAUUUUGACCUGGACUCUAUCUGGACCUUCAUCUUUGGCGUGCCGGCAUCCAGUGGGACGGUGGUGGCCUCCAUCCAUAGUGUUUGCACUGAGGCUGCUUUCCUGCUGCUGGCCAUGCUGCGCAGCAUGCUCAACCUGCCUUGGCAGUCAGAGGAGGAAGGUUCCUGGCUCAGGGAGUACCCAGUAACACUCAUGCAGUUCUUUAGAUACCUUUACCACAACGUGUCCGACCUUGCACCAAUGUGGCACAGCCCAGAGUUCCUUUGUGCCCUGGCAGCCGCUGUUUUUCCCUUCAACAUCAGACCGUACUCUGAGAUGGUCAGUGAUUUGGACGAUGAAACGAGUUCUCCCACCGAAGAGUUCAAGGCCUUCACCGGGGACUCUGGCAUGAACCGCAGCCAGUCUGAAUACUGCAACGUGGGCUCCAAGACGUCCCUGACCAACCACCCGGCCAAAAAAUAUGUCUUUGACUUCAUGAGGGUUCUGAUCAUGGACAACCUCUGCAUGACCCCAGCCAGCAAGCAGACACCCAUCAUUGAUAUGCUCCUGGAGGCUUCCCCGGAGCGCUCCACCAGAACUCAGCAGAAGGAGUUUCAGUCCAACAUCCUGGACAGCGUCAUGGAGCAUCUACUGGCUGCUGAUGUCCUUUUAGGUGAAGAUGCCUCUUUGCCCCUCAGCAGCGGGGGCAGUUAUCAGAUUUUGGUCAACAACGUCUUCUACUUCACGCAGCGGGUGGUGGACAAGCUGUGGCAGGGCAUGUUCAACAAGGACUCCAAGCUUGUGGUGGACUUCAUCGUGCAGCUCAUUGGACAGUCUAAGAGGCGUUCGCAGGGACUUUCUCUCGACACCAUCUACCACUGUCUGAACCGGACGGUGCUCUACCAGCUCUGCCGACCCCACAAGACGGUAGCACAGCAGGUGGCCCUGCUGGAUGCCCUGCGGGUCCUGACCGUCAACCGCAACCUGGUGCUCGGGCCAGGUAACCACGACCAGGACUUUGUGGCCUGCCUAGCUCACUGCUUCAUCUGCCUGCACAGCGGGAGUAGUGUGGACGGCUUCGGUUUGGAGGCGGAGGCCAGGAUGACGACCUGGCACGUCAUGAUGCCCACGGAGAACGAGUCUGACACCACGCACAGUCACGACGUCAGCGAGGGGCGGCAGCUCCUGCUGAAGGCGGUGAACCGUGUGUGGACGGAGCUGAUGCACAGCAAGCGCCAGAUGCUGGAGGACAUCUUCAAAGUGUCUCUGCCCUGCAACGACAGAGGCCACGUGGACAUCGCCACAGCCCGUCCUGCUUUGGAAGAGCCGGCCCUGAAGAGCUGGCAGAACCACCUGGUUCAUGAGAAAAAGUACAUCAGUCGUGGGGAAGCAGUGGCACCAGCGACUCAGUCCAAACUGUCCAGAGUCAGCAGCGGCUUCGGCCUCUCCAAGCUGACCGGCGUCCGGCGCAACAAGAAGGAGAACAGCCUGAAUAAGAACAGCCUGUCUGCACAGGAGACUUUUCAGUGGAUGUUCACACACAUCGCUGUUGUCCGGGACUUGGUGGCCAUGCAGUACAAGGAAUAUCAGGAGCGGCAGCAGAACGCCCUCAAGUACGUGACGGAGGAGUGGGCAUCCAUCGAAUACGAGCUGCUGCGUGAACGAGGCCUCUGGGGCCCGCCAAUCGGCUCCCACUUGGACAAGUUUAUGCUGGAAAUGACGGAGGGGCCCUGCCGAAUGAGGAAGAAGAUGGUCCGCAAUGACAUGUUUUACAUCCACUACCCGUACGUCCCAGAGACGGAGACCAACACCAACUCAGCACAGCACUCCUGUCCCCCUCUGGUGCCCCUUGAUUCCUCACCUCUGGUUGGGGUCUUUGACUAUAUUCAGAAACCUCUGCGUUACCGCCGCGCCAUCAGCUACGACAGUAAGGAGUAUUUCAUGCGUUUGCUGUCUGGAAACCCCGGCAUGUACCAGCACUCUGUAGAGCACAGCACCGAGGGAGAGACCACGCACCACGAGCUGGAGCAUGGAGAGGACACCAUUGCUAAAGUCAAAGGCCUGGUGAAGGCUCCACUGAAGAGGUCUCGGUCCACAGCGGACGGUGCAGAUGAGGACAGUCAGGACCAGCUUCAGGAGCAGCUAUUAGAGUCAGGAGGCCCUGAAGAGGAGCAGAAGACUGACAACACGUCCCUGCUGAGACUCCUGGAGGAGGGAGAGAAGAUUCAGCACAUGUACCGCUGUGCCAGAGUGCAGGGUCUCGACACCAGCGAGGGUCUGCUGCUGUUUGGGAAGGAGCACUUCUACGUCAUCGAUGGCUACACCAUGACCGUGUCCAGGGAGAUCAGGGACAUCGACACGCUGCCACCCAAUAUGCACGAGGCCAUCAUCCCCAGAGGAGCGAGACAAGGACAGAGCCAGUUAAAGAGAACCUGCAGCAUCUUUGCCUACGAAGACAUUAAGGAGGUUCACAAGAGGCGCUACCUGCUGCAGCCCAUGGCGGUGGAAGUCUUUUCAGCGGAUGGGAGAAACUACUUGCUAGCCUUCCAGAAAGGAGUUCGCAACAAGGUUUACCAAAGGUUCUUGGCGGUGGUGCCCUCGCUGGCUGACAGCUCUGAGUCUGUUUCAGGCCAGAGACCCAACACCAGCGUGGAACAAGGAUCUGGACUUCUCAGCACACUGGUUGGUGAGAAGUCAGUGACUCAGAGAUGGGAGCGAGGAGAGAUCAGUAACUUCCAGUACCUGAUGCAUCUGAACACCCUGGCCGGACGCUCCUACAACGACCUGAUGCAGUAUCCGGUGUUCCCCUGGAUCCUGGCCGAUUACGACUCGGAGGAGCUGGACCUCACCAACCCAAAGACAUUUCGUAACCUCGCCAAGCCGAUGGGCGCCCAGACUGACACCCGGCUAACGCAGUACAAGAAGCGGUACAAGGACUGGGAAGACCCCAACGGUGAAACCCCGGCGUACCACUACGGCACUCACUACUCGUCAGCCAUGAUUGUGGCCUCCUACCUGGUCCGGAUGGAGCCCUUCACACAGAUUUUCCUCAGACUUCAGGGAGGACACUUCGACCUGGCUGACAGGAUGUUCCACAGCGUGCGUGAAGCCUGGCUCUCUGCUUCCAAACACAACAUGGCCGACGUCAAGGAGCUCAUCCCGGAGUUCUUCUAUCUGCCUGAGUUCCUGCUAAACUCCAAUAACUUCGACCUGGGUGCCAAGCAGAAUGGGACCAAACUGGGUGACGUCAUUCUCCCACCCUGGGCUAAGGGCGACCCCCGGGAGUUCAUCAGAGUCCACAGAGAGGCGUUGGAGUGCGACUACGUAUCGGCCCACCUCCACGAAUGGAUCGACCUGAUUUUCGGCUACAAGCAGCAGGGCCCUCCGGCUGUGGAAGCGGUCAACGUCUUCCACCACCUCUUCUACGAGGGUCAGGUGGACAUCUACAACAUCAACGACCCGCUCAAAGAGACGGCCACCAUCGGCUUCAUCAACAACUUCGGACAAAUCCCCAAACAGCUGUUCAAGAAGCCCCACCCUCCGAAACGAGUACGCAGUAAAGCCAACGGUGACGUUGCCGGCGUUCCUCCGAGCUCCAACAGCGACAAGAUCUUCUUUCAUCACCUGGACAAUCUCAGACCUUCUCUUGCACCAGUUAAAGAGCUGAAAGACCCUGUGGGACAGAUUGUGUCCACCGACAAGGGCAUCCUCGCUGUAGAGCAAAACAAAGUUCUGUUUCCCCCCACCUGGAGCAAGACCUUUGCCUGGGGUUACGCCGAUCUCAGCUGUCGCCUGGCUAACUAUGACUCCGACAAGGCGCUGGUGGUGUACGAGUGUCUGUCGGAGUGGGGCCAGAUCUUCUGUGCCAUAUGUCCAAACCCAAAGCUGGUUAUCACCGGUGGCACCAGCACCGCCAUCUGUGUGUGGGAGACGGGAACCUCAAAGGAGAGGGCAAAGUCACUUACGCUCAAACAGGCGCUGCUUGGCCACACGGACGCCGUGACGUGUCUGACGGCGUCUUCGGCAUACCACAUUGUCGUCAGUGGCUCACGGGAUCGAACUUGCAUCAUCUGGGACCUCAACAAGCUCUCCUUCGUCACACAGCUCAGGGGGCACCGAGCGCCCGUCUCGGCUCUGUGUAUCAAUGAACUGACGGGGGACAUCGUGUCCUGCGCGGGCACCUACAUUCACGUGUGGAGCAUCAACGGCAGCCCCAUUGCCAGCGCCAACACCUUCACCGGCCGCAGCCAGCAGAUCCUCUGCUGCUGCGUGUCGGAGAUGAACGAGUGGGACACGCAGAACGUCAUCGUCACCGGCCACUCGGAUGGCGUUGUGAGGUUUUGGAGAAUGGAGUUCCUCCAGGUACCAGAAACCCCUGCUCCCGAACCCGUAGAGCCAGAUGUGCCUGACUGCUGUGCUGACGAGAAGAUCGAGGGCGGUGAGAGUCACAACGGUGAUGAUGACAGCAGUGAGUCGGAUGCAGACGAGCCCAAUCUGAGCCAAGAGCCCAGAGCGCCACGCAACCCCUCGACAGGUGGAGGCAGCCAGCCGGGUAGCACCGUCCACAGACCCAGAGGUCCCCCGGCCCGAGCAGGAGCAUCUUGGUCGAUGGACAGUGGCUCUGACGACUCUCACCGCUGGUCAGACACCCUCAGCAUCGACGAGAAGGACGGAUUCGUGUUUGUAAAUUACUCUGAGGGCCAAACUAAAGCCGCUCACCCAGCUCACUCAGGCCAGGGCUCAGUGCCUCAGCCGCUGCAUCCCUCCACUAUGGAGGCACGGACAUAUAACCAGCUCAGGGCAGGCUACAGAUGGGAGCGCCAGCUGGUCUUCCGGAGUAAGCUCACCAUGCACACGGCUUUUGAUCGCAAGGACAACGCUCACCCAGCUGAGAUCACGUCUCUCGCCAUCUCCAAGGACCACAGUAAAAUCCUGGUAGGUGAUGGCCGUGGCAGAGUGUUUAGCUGGUCGGUCAGCGACCAGCCUGGCCGUUCGGCAGCAGACCACUGGGUGAAGGACGAGGUGGUGGACAGCUGCUCCGGCUGCACGGUUCGCUUCUCGCUUACUGAGCGACGCCACCAUUGUAGGAACUGCGGACAGCUCUUCUGCCAGAAGUGCAGUCGCUUCCAAUCAGAGAUCAAACGGCUGAAGAUCUCGUCACCUGUGCGUGUUUGUCAGAACUGUUAUUACAACCUCCAGCAUGAGCGAAGCGUCGAGGACGGCUGCAGAAACUGAGCUCCGCAUCCACCCGCCGCCAGCCCCUCCUGAGAACCCGGGGAGCAUUUCAUUCCUCCAUCCGACUUCCCUCUGCAUCUCCCAAAACUCCUUCCCCAUUACCCCUCAGUAACCACGUGUACUGUACCGCACUGACAGGGUGUCGCAGGAGGGAGCGACUCAAGUACGGCGGCGGAGCUCAGCAAAGGAGAAAGGAUAUGAACGAGGACAACAGAUCGCAAAGAACAUGGAAAGAAACUCAGUCCCCACUUUUACCACCGGCACCCACCUGGAGCGGAGGGAAAAAAACCCCACCUUUAAUGCAGCACGCACGAAUCAGUCAUCCGCCAUCUUUGCUUAGAGAUCAAGAAACAGGCAAAACUGCUUCAGCUUUCACAGCAGGAUGAUAAAAGACAAAAACUUGUUGAUAGUGUAAAUAGGUAUCACGACCUUUUUAACUCUAAAAGGAGCAAACGCAGAACAAAAAAUAAGGUCAAUGAAGUAAAAGAAAUGCCUGUAACAUAGCGUUGUGACUAACCACUCCUGGCUUUAAAAAAACAGAAAAAAUGAUUGUGUGUAGUCUGCGUCACGAGUCACAGCGAGAAUAACACGGAGGGGAGGGAGGGAGAUGAAUGUCCAUAAUUAAUGUCUCUGGGUUGACCGUACUAGUGGGUCUAGUUAUGCAAAAUCACUUCUUUAUAAUUUCCCGAUCGUUUUGUUGUUUACAGACCUGUGAUUUAUUUUGUGAGAGUGUCAAACCGUCGCCACGCGGACAGAGAGGUUUACUCUCUGAUUGUCGUUUCCUCUUUUUUUAUUGCCAAACUGUUUUCUCGUGUCAGUUACGAUGUUUAAUUUUUAACAUGUCAUCUGUUCAGUCCUUUGUUUUCCCAUUUGGAGAUUUUUAUUUUACUUACUGCUGCUUUCUGAAGACUACAAACUUUAUCGUGUUCAGUUUGACUUUGAUUUUUCUUGUUAGAACCAUAUCACUCCUUUCAUUUUGUGGUUCCUUCUGCAUUAUUAUAAUUUGUUAUUAAGAGAGAGAAAAAAUCGGGUUCAUCUUGUGUAAAAAGGUUAAAAGUAACGCACAUGCGUCCCGUAACUGCACAUUUAGCGUCCAUCGUGUCCUUUUUUUUGACCAUACAGCUUUAAAGCAGCUUCUUGAAUGCACACUGAAAAGGGACUUCCUCAUGAACUGUGUUUUGUUUUUUUAUUUAUCGUGUUGGUUUCUAUUGAGGAUUUGCUGGAUUUUUACUCCCCUGUGGCAUUAUCGCAGCAGCUCUCAACACUCGUUAUCCUCACUCACUGGAGCUGCAGCCAAGCACCUUUUUAUUAAAGAGAUGUUUCAGAGUAUAUGUAGACGUUGGAGGAGGUGUAAAUAGUCACGUAGGCCGUUUGAUUUUUAAUAAAUCUUGGCGUGUUUUGUCAUUAAAGGUAAAGACUAGGCCAAACAGACUUGCAGAGUAUUCUUGUUUCGCUUUUCUUUACCAUAUUUUACAGGUGGGGUAAAGCUGCAGGAGAGCGAGUCUGUAGCUUUCUUUUCCUACCAUUAUAUCAGUGCUAUGACUUCAUAUUCCAUCCUUGUUGCUCCUGCAGGGGAAGAGAAGACAUGGAUUUUGAUGUGACACUUUAGACUGAGAGCAUAAAAUUAACCUCAUGCCCUUCAGUUGUUGACGUUAAUAAACCUUUUGACUUGAUCUAACUUGAUUGUAGAGUUGAUUAAUUUAAUGUUUUUCAGACGUCUAAAUUCAUUUGCAGCUUAACUGUUUAAAUGUAAAAUGACUUGGAUUGUUGCACUAACAUAACACGGGACAAACUCAAAUCUAUGGGGUGUCAUUUGUGCCAUCAGAUUAGUGACUGUCACUUUAACAGUGACCAAAUAACCCCCAACAAUCAGAUGACCCCCUGUGAGCAAGAACUUGGCGAAAGUGGGAAGGAAAAACUCCCUUUUUAACGGAAGAAACCUUCAGGAGAACCAGGCUCAGGGAGCGGUGACGGUUAUCUUAUUACUUGAGACCAGAAUCCAAAGAAAUUAAACAAAUUUAAAAUUACUUAAUUCUUCAUUUCAUCUGAAAAAGCAAAAAUCUACAAUUUCAGGCGAUUGUCGUUGGACUAAAUGCAUUUUGGAGAUUCUCUGUAGCACGAAUGUUAGCUUAUAGAAACCAAACUCCAGCCGGGACAGAGACUCAACCUGAGCAAGGAAACAUAAAAAUGUGAAGUACUCAAAGGAGUUUAAACACUAUAAAAACACAUUACUCUGCCGCACUGAGACGGCGAUAUCAGAGGUUUUAUCUGCUUUCAUAAUGUUGAAUGUAACUUGAUCUUUUGUCAACACAAAUCCAUGUUUGGCUCUUUCUGCGUUAAAGACUGCACAUCUCUCCCCUCACUCGGUUUGUGGUUCUGUGGGCAAACUGUGCAUUCAAGGGCUGCUUUCUUUCUUUCUUUGUACGUCCCACGAGUCUUCACAGGCAUUUAAUGUUCACCCUCACCGCUCCUUAAUGUUGUAAUAAUAAUAAUAUGCACUCAUGUUAUUGUCCUCCUUUAUAUCAUUCUGCCUUUCUGUACUGUAACUUAGCGUGCAAUCAUGCCAUCCAGCUGAAACGGCCGAGUCGGCUUCUAUCAAUCGAGGAUUCCUUUUGCACCUUCACAUGUACAAAAAACAGGAAAAAAACAGUUGAGUUUUUUAUUGAAUGCAGUUUAACGUUUUAACUGAAAGGUGCAUUUCACAGCGGAUAAAUGAACUGUACAAAGUAUUUAUGCAAUUAUAACUGGGUUUAGAUUUUUUUUUAAUUAUUGUGAUUUCAGCAAGUUUUGUUACUUGUUGCAUGUCUAUUAACACAGCUGACUUUCUGUGUCAGUGCAUUGUACAUGUUCGGCAUUAGAUUAUCUCUCUUUUUUGCUGGAUUUAUUCUUUUUUUGUUUUUCUUUGAGGCAUUGUUUGACGGGUCGGUCAUACCGAGCGACAGGUUUGUGUACAAAGCCGCAGAUCAUGACCCCAACUCUGGGUGGACUUUUGUACUCUCUAUGGGGGGAAAAAAAUAAUUAAGGAUUAAUCGAAAGCAAAAAAAAGAAAGAAGGGAAAAAAAAGGAGAAAUCUGGAUUAUUUUGGUGGUCUUGUAUUAGACUGCGUUACUACAGUAUCUGGUGUGCAAUCUGUAAUAGCUGAAUGUUCCUUGUAUAUUUGUGUUCACUACAUCCUACGAGAGAAAAAAACCACAGUAGAGUAACCUCCCCGUCCCCCGUUACAGAAACAAAAUGUUACAAUAAUGCAAUAGAUCUGGUACUUAUUCUUUUUAAUUUUAUUUCAAUAAAAAAUUGCUGUUUCCCACCAAA